AAUCAAUAGACGAGGCGGCUCUAGGUGGGUGCGAUUUAGGGGGGCUCUCUCUCUCUUCUCGUUUUAUUGUUUCUCUUUGCUAUUCCUCCUCUGGAUCUGUAAGUGAACUUCGGUUUUGUUAAAUUAUUUACUUUUGCUUCAACUCAAUGCGUCGAAUUGAGGCCGAAAUUCGUAAAAUUUUGGAGUGUGUUGCUUUAUUUCUGGUUCUAGGGUUGUAAAGACCUCAAAAGCCCUAGAUCUUGUUCGUCUAAGGGUUAUAUAGCUUCGAUUCAGGGUUGGGUUUUGGGAAACCGUGAUUUUGAGGUAAAAUUCUGCUUUGUGGUGUCGGAUCUCGAGGAGUUAUUAACGUCACAACUCGAAUUUCGAGCUGUCGGGUCGGGAAAAUUGUAAUUUUGUGUGAAAUUUGAGAUUAUUGGGGGUGAAUUGUGCGAAUUUAGGUGUGAUCGAGAGGGAUCGUGAAGGAUUAGGGCUUGGGGAAUGGCUUCGAAUCCUUCCUUUCAGGUGGAGGAUCAGACGGACGAGGAUUUCUUCGAUAAACUGGUCGACGAUGAGUUCGGUCCCACGGCCACCACCGGAUCAAACCCUCACUUCGCUGACGGCAGCGAUUCUGACGACGCUAAGGCGUUCGCGAAUCUGAGCAUCGGUGAGGUUGGACAUGCACUUGACGAUUUCGGAGCAGAAGGCGAAAAGGAUUGCGUGGAUGGCGGGGAAGAAUCGGUGGGCGCUCAUGCGGAGGAGAGGAAUUCGUUGGUUUCGGCGAAUUCGAUUGGAUGUGAUAGCAUAUUGGAGUCCAGUAAUGAUGGGAUAGGAUCUGAAUUCCUGUCGGAUUUGUCCGUGAGCAAGAGCAGUGGAUCCGGGGGGUCAGCGGUUAAGGAGGUGGGGUGGAAUUCGUUUCACGCGGACUCGGAUUCGGUGCAGAAUGGCAGCAAGGGGUUUGGUUCGUACUCGGAUUUUUUCAGUGAAUUGGGAGGCGGUGCCGGUGAUUUCCCGGGGAAUGUGGGCGAUAAGUUGAAUAAGGAAGCGAGAAUUGUGUCGGCCAAGGGUGAAUGUGUAGCUGAUGGUAUGAAUAAUUCGGUUAAUUAUGCGAAUUAUCAGGAGGGUCAAGUUUAUGGUGCGUCCCUGGAACAAAGUACGAAUGGGCAGGAUUUAAAUAGUAGUCAGUAUUGGGAAAAUCUCUAUCCGGGGUGGAAGUAUGACUCGAAUACCGGGCAAUGGUAUCAAGUGGAUGGUUAUGAUGCGACAGCGGUGGCGGAUGUUCAUGAUUCGGCCAGUGAUUGGGGUGCUGUUUCCGAUAGGAAAACAGAGGUUUCUUAUAUGCAGCAAGCUGCUCAGCCUGCUGUGGCAACUGUGACUGAAACUAGCACGACCGAGAGUGUGUAUUCGCAUGGGAAUAACGGGUACCCAGAUCAUAUGGUGUUUGAUCCUCAGUACCCUGGUUGGUAUUAUGAUACAAUUGCGCAAGAGUGGCGCACAUUGGAUACUUACACUUCGUCCAUUCAAUCAACUGUUCUGACCCAUGAUCAGCAGCAGCAUCAAAAUGGGUUUGUUUCACCUGCUAGUUUUAAUCAAAUCAAUGAUAGCUUAUAUGGUGAGUAUGGGCAAGCUGACAAUUAUGCGUCUCAAGGUUUUGGUAGCCAAGGCCAAGAUGGAAGCUGGGCCGGGGCUUACAGUAAUAAUCAUCAGCGGGAUUUGAGUACAUGGCCAACUGAAACUGUUCUAAAGAGUGAGGCUUUUACGACUUUGGGUGGAAACCAGCAAUUGGAUAAUUCUUAUAGUUCUAAGGCUUCUGUAAACAUUGAUCAACAGGAGUCUUUCAAUUCCUUUGGAGCAGUUUCAAUUUACAACGGAGGGAGCCAGAGUCAUGGUAGGGCUAAUGGAACUUUUGAAUUUAAAAGCUUUGUCCCUGAUGGGAACUUUAGUCAGCAGUUUAAUCAGCCAAAUCUGAAGCCAAAUGAACAAACAAAAUUCUCGAACGAUUAUUUUGGCAGUCAGAAAACCGUUGGUUUUUCCCAGCAAUCUUUUGAGAAUGGCCAUCAAACUUCUUAUGCUCCCAAUGUAGGAAGAUCAUCUGCUGGGCGUCCUCCACAUGCCCUGGUGGCUUUUGGUUUUGGUGGAAAACUCAUUGUAAUGAAAGAUAAUAGUCCUCUCAGUAGCUCAUCGUAUGGAAGCCAGGAUCCCGUAGGAGGCUCAAUUUCUGUUCUGAACUUGAUGGAAGUUGUCAUGGGAAACACGGAUCCUUCAAGCCUUGGAUCAGGUGCCUCUGGUUAUUUUCAUGCUUUGUGCAAACAAUCCUUUCCAGGUCCAUUGGUUGGUGGGAGUGUUGCAAGUAAAGAGUUGAACAAAUGGAUUGAUGAGAGGAUUACAGGGUGUGAAUCACCUGACAUGGAUUAUAGAAAAGGCGAAGUAUUGAGGUUGCUUCUUUCUUUGCUCAAGAUAGCUUGUCAACAUUAUGGAAAACUUAGAUCUCCUUUUGGUGCUGACACUAGUUUGAGGGAAAAUGAUUCUCCAGAAUCAGCAGUCGCUAAACUUUUUGCAUCUGCUAAGAGGAAUGGUGCUCAAUUCGGUGAGUAUGGUGCUCUUAGCCACUGUUUGCAGAAGUUGCCUUCUGAAGGACAAAUAAAGGCAACUGCUUCUGAGGUACAAAAUCUUCUGGUUUCUGGUCGAAAGAGAGAGGCUCUACAAUGUGCACAAGAAGGUCAGUUGUGGGGACCUGCACUUGUACUUGCUUCACAGCUUGGUGAUCAGUUCUAUGUUGAUACUGUAAAGCAAAUGGCACUUCAGCAGCUGGUUGCAGGAUCACCUCUCCGGACUUUAUGCCUGCUAAUUGCAGGGCAACCAGCGGAAGUGUUUUCUUCGCACACCACUGCUGAUCCUGGUCUUCCGGGCGCUGUCAAUAUGCAUCAACAGCCUGCACAGAUUGGGGCCAAUUGUAUGUUUGAUGACUGGGAAGAAAAUUUAGCCGUAAUAGCUGCAAACAGAACCAAAGAUGAUGAACUUGUAAUUAUUCAUCUUGGAGAUUGCCUGUGGAAGGAAAGAAGUGAGAUUACUGCUGCACACAUCUGCUAUUUAGUUGCUGAAGCAAACUUUGAGUCAUACUCAGACAGUGCCAGACUCUGUCUAAUUGGAGCAGAUCACUGGAAAUUUCCUCGAACCUAUGCUAGUCCAGAGGCUAUUCAGAGGACCGAGUUAUAUGAAUAUUCCAAGGUGCUUGGAAAUUCUCAGUUUAUCCUGCUGCCAUUUCAACCAUAUAAACUCAUAUAUGCACACAUGCUAGCUGAAGUGGGGAAGGUUUCAGACUCUUUGAGAUAUUGUCAAGCGGUAUUGAAGUCUCUGAAGACUGGUCGAGCACCCGAAGUAGAAACAUGGAAACAAUUACUAUUAUCUCUUGAGGAGAGGAUCAGAACCCAUCAACAGGGUGGAUACACCGCAAAUUUGGCUCCUGCAAAGUUAGUCGGCAAAUUGCUCAACUUUUUUGAUAGUACUGCACAUCGUGUUGUUGGGGGUUUACCACCACCUGCUCCAUCAACAUCACAAGGAAGUUUCCCAGGUAAUGAACAUUAUCACCAGCCAACAGGCCCUAGAGUAUCAACUAGUCAGUCAACAAUGGCCAUGUCAUCACUAAUGCCUUCCGCUUCAAUGGAGCCCAUAAGCGAUUGGACGGCUGAUGGUAAUAGAAUGAAAAUGGCUAAUAGAAGUGUUUCAGAGCCAGACUUUGGUAGAACUCCGAGACAGGUUGAUUCGUCAAAAGAAAUGACCUCAUCAAAUGAACAAGGUAAAGCUUCAGUUGGGGCAUCACGCUUUGCUCCUUUUGGUUUUGGCUCACAGUUACUGCAAAAGACUGUUGGGCUAGUUUUAAGACCUCGCUCUGGUCGACAGGCUAAACUGGGUGAAACGAACAAAUUCUAUUAUGAUGAAAAGUUGAAGAGAUGGGUAGAGGAAGGUGUUGAACCCCCAGCUGAAGAAGCGGCCUUGCCACCCCCCCCUCCAACAACUACAGCCUUCCAGAAUGGUAUGUCAGAUUACAAUUUGAAAUCUGCGUUGCAGAAAGAAGGGAUUCCGACCAAUCAGAGCCUGGAUUACAGAUCUCCCACGCCUUCAGAACAUACUUCAGGAAUCCCAUCUAUUCCAUCCGGCUCAAAUCAAUUCUCAGCUCGUGGAAGGAUGGGUGUUAGGUCAAGGUAUGUGGACACCUUUAACCAAGGUGGUGGAAGCCCUGCAAACUUGUUCCAGUCACCUUCUGUUCCAUCUGUUAAGCCUUCUGUUGCUGCAAAUGCAAAGUUUUUUAUUCCCACCCCAGCAUCAUCAGGUGAAGAGACAAUGGAGGCUAUAGCAGAAAAUGGGCAAGAAGAAACUACAACUAAUGAAGAUCCUUCGACAUCCUUCAGAAAUGACUCAUUCCAGUCGCCUAUACCUUCAUCAUCAAUGCCCAUUCAGAGGUUCCCAAGCAUGGGUAGCGUCCCAGGCAAGGGAGUGGUGACAAACGGCAAGGUCUCUCUCUCUUCUCACUCACGGCGAACAGCAUCCUGGGGUGGAAGCUUCAGCGAUCAAUUCAGCCCUCCCAAUACGGCUGAAAUAAAACCUCUAGGGGAGGCAUUGGGCAUGCCCCCAUCGUCAUUUAUGCCUAAUGAUGAGCCUUUGAUGCGAAUGCCGACGAGUGGUGGCAGUUUUGGGGAUGACCUUCAUGAAGUGGAACUUUGAGCCAAAGCAGUGAAGAUGUAAAUAUCAAAGUUUUGUUCUUUGUGAUCAAUAGAAUACUUGGAAAAAUCCUACUCCUGGAUCUCUGGAAAGUGCAAAAUGGUGGUAUGUGCCGAAACCCGAAUCCCGACUCACGGAAGAAACAGAAGAUGUAACGUUUCCAGCUUCCCCUCCCUGCAACGUGUGAUGAAAUGUAGCUGGCAAUGUCUUCUUUACCCUAACAUAAACUUUAUUUGAAUGUGCCGGGAGUCGCCACCAUUUUGAGGCUUCAGGAGUUGAUACUUUUAUUAUAAAGAAAGGAGACCCUCUGUCGGCACCAUUGUACAGCUCAUUUGUUCAUUUAUUGAGAAACAGAAAGAUCUUCUCAAGGGAAGAAAGAUAGUGUAUUGAAUUCUGAAAAAAAAAAAAAAAUAAUGUGUUUUGCUUGGUAAUUUGUUUGGUUUUAUUGCUUUAUAAAAUUAAACCAAAUAUCCAAAAUGGAUGUUGAAAUUU